GGAGCGCUUGGCAAAAAGCGCUGCGCGCAAGAGCCAACAUCGCCAGACACUCGGCGUCGGCAGCUCUCGGGACCCGCACGCGAACUCGGGCAGCCUCCACGAGCCAAACAUGCGACGAUGAGGCGGGCAGCCCUCCUCACCAUCAUCACCAGCAAUGCGUACGUCCUGGACCUCGAGCUCGACGGGACGUACGCGCCGCUGCGCUUCGCUAUUAAUGACGACCUGCAGCGCAUCGCGCGAGCAUGGAGGCAAAAGCACCCGGCGAUGACUGGGGGUGAUUGUCCUGAAGGCGACGGGCGGUGCGUCGAGGACGUUUUGGUAAGGGCCAUGGAGGCGCGCUUCGACGCGCGGCACGUCAUUUCAAACGCGGCGACGCACUGCCGCCUGCCGGGCCACGCCUUUCCCUCUGAAAAAUUGAGGGACGCGGUCGGCACGCCAGACGAGGGCUACGCCCUCGAGCAGGCGGCGGGGUUUUGUUAUUGCGCGGCGGAUCGCAAUUUUGUAAAUAACCGCACUGGAGGUACGGCGGCGGCUUCAGUGGCCAUGGACGCCGCGGGGCUGGCUCUACGCCUGGAGCCGCGGCGCGCGCGCGCGGCGCGCUUCGGCAUGUUGGCCGGGCAGGACCUGUUCGGCGUGGCCGACGCGACGGCGUAUUUUGCGAGACGCUUCGCUGAACUAAAAUGGCCGCCCGACGGGUCGUUGCCUUCAUUAGUUCUUGGUGGGUCGCUGGACCUCUCAGUAACGCUCGAGCCGCGCGUGGCCUGGUCCCCGUCCGUCGAGGAGAGCCGGUCGCACGUCCAGAUGGGUCCGUGGCUCGGAGCAGAAAACGAACUUCGACGUGACGCGGUCGCCGCGACGCCGUCGACGUGGCAGUUUUGCGACAGUGUCGUUCCACGCAGGCUGGGUCCAUUCUACCCUACCGAAGUUCGUCGCGGACCAGCUCCGCCGCGGACCAACGUGCCACGCUUCCCUAGACGUGCGGAAGACUAUCGAGGAACUGGAUUUGUUGAGGGAUCUGUCGACGGAGUUAAGAAGGCGCCAUGCUAUCGAUGAAGACGAGGCCGCGGCCUACGAUUAUGUUGCUAAGAAUGAGGAGGGCCGCCUCGACCUGCCCAUCGAUCGCUUGAAUGCUUCUUCUCCAAAAGUCCUCGGGGCGGCGGCGUGCAUCGUCGACGCGCCUUCUGUUGAAGGCGGCGCGCUCGCCGCUAUAGAUGUGGAAACGACCACGCGGACAUUUGAGGCUGAUGGUGUUGCGAUCGUCGACGGCAUUUUGAAGGACGAAACGUUGACGAGGCUACGAGACUUCGUCCUGGGCAGCACGGUGUUCACGCGGGCCUACGCGCAGGGGUAUCUGGGCGCUUUCUUAGGCGACGGGUUUGGGGCGGCGGGCGUCGUCCAGCAGGUCGCGUCCGAACUACGACAAACUUUCCCGGAGUUGCUCGGCGACACGGCGCUGCGGCAGGCCUGGGCCUACGCCUACCCGCGGGACGGCCAUCCGCGCGGCAUCGAUGUUCACUCGGACGACGCCGACGUGAGCGUCAACAUCUGGAUCACACCGAACAAAGCGAACUUAAAUUCAGAGAAGGGCGGUUUGAGGAUCUGGAAUAAGAAGCCCCCCGCCGACUGGACCUUCGAGACGGCGAAUCGAGACUUAGAUGCCAUCGGCUCCAUCCUACAGGAUGAGGAAGCGUCCUACGUGACGAUCCCCUACCGCUUCAACCGCGCCGUGUUAUUGAAUGGCCACCGCUUCCACCAGACGGACGCCCUGCACUUCGCGCCGGGGUUGGAAAAUCACCGCAUCAACCUCACGUUCCUCUUCGCGCGGCGGUCGGAGGGGACGGCGUGCCGGGUGUAGUUCUUCUCUUCGCGCCCUUGUAAGUUUGUUAUCGAUCCU